AUUAAUCAUAUGUUGCACAAGAAUAAUUACCAGUUGGUAUAACACGGAACUUUUACAAUUGAAACCUGGGAGUUACAAAAUGAAUCGUUUAUCAAAAUAUUCAUGAUACAAACAAAAAAAUAAAUAGUUACCCUUAUCUUAAUCUGCAAAAAAAAAAAACAUAUUAAAAAAAAAGACAUAAAUAUGGUGCAAACGAUGACAUAAGAGAUGCACAGAAACCAUCCAAUGAUUUAACUGUAUCUUACGCUAACCCUAAAGCCACGUGGCGAAUUACCACUCCUUCACAUUUGCCCCGAAUGAUAAUCUUUUCGGCUCACCGGAGAGAGACACACAGAAAGACUAUAGAGAAAGAGAGAGAAAGAAAGAAAGAAAAGAGUGAGAGAGAGUGUUUGAUAAGAGAGAGAAAGAUAAAAAUGGAUCAAGAUGAGUGGUUGGGAACGCUAAGAUACGCGCAGGAUAAAGUUUCCGUUGACUCUCUCAUGCUCCGGUACCGUCCCAUCGCUCCAAAGCCGGCGACUGGUCAGUCAUGUGGUGUAGGAGAUAAUAACAACAACAACUUAUACGGUAUGAGCAAACGAACCAAACGAAAGUACGUUAGGGUUUCGAAGAAUAAUAAAGGCACGUGUCGAGGUAAGAGCAGAUCUGACUUGUCUGAUAAUCGGGAACAAACUGAAGUCGUGACGUUGCAACUCUUGCCGGAAAAAUCAGAUAUUUCCGGUGAGUACUCGCCGUUGGAUCAGGAUAGUCUCGAUCCCUCGGUGAAAACGAUAAUCGGAGAGGAAACACAAGAAACCAACAUGUGGGGUACGUUUAACGGCGGCGUCACGGCGGAUAUGGAGACGUGGGUUACGGUGGAGUCUGUCACAAACGUUUGUGAUGGUAUUUUGAGUUCCCAUGCGGUGGGGUUUACUGACGUUGAGAUCGUUGAUAAUCUUGGUAAGGACACGUGUCCAGCGUUCGUAUCUGAUGGUUCGAACCGUGUGGUGUGGGUCAACGAGGCUUACCGGAGGAAUGUUUCCGGUGAUGAUUCAACGUCGGUGUCCCCGGAUGUCGUGGUGUGGUUGGUGGCGGAGGAGGCAACGGCGGCGAUGCAUUGUAACUACCAAGCUUUCACGUGUAGGGUGAGGAUGCAAUACACGUGGAAGGAAACAAAGUAUACAAAAACGGUGCCGUGUGAUGUGUGGAAAAUGGAGUUUGGUGGCUUUGCAUGGAGGCUAGACACAACAGCUGCUCUGACUCUCUGGCUUUGAUGGUGAUUGCUGCAAGAAACAUGAGGGUAAGAUUACCAAGCUAUGUGAUUUUAGAGUGUGUCUAAUACACAAAACUUUAUAAUCACUUCAAGCAACUUUGUUUAGACUAUUAUAAGAUGCGUAAGAAGGAAACAAAUGAUGCUAAUGUUGGAAGAAGUGUGGAGAAGCUGGAAAGCUUAAAUAUAUACCGUAAUAAUGUCAUAUAUUUAUUGGCAAAGACUAAAUAAAAGAUGCCAUUGUAUGGUUUCGUACCAAUCUUGGCUUCUAUUUUUAUUUUA